UUCUUUGACUUGCACACUUUAGCUCUAGGCUACAUGCCAAACUAGGACUGGACUCCUCUCCCUAUAUCUAGCUGUGAGACAAUGCUGAAGGCAUCGGGUUUGCUGAUUUUAAGUAGACAACAACAAUGGCGAAGAAGAACACACCAAGUGUUUCAGCCUCCCACUUUUUGGGGGUUGUGGUUUUUUCCCUCUGCUUCUUCGUUCCAAAAUCUGUGUUGGGUGUGAAAAAAGAGCUGCGAUUUAGAAAAAAUGGAGAGUUCAAGAUACUGCAAGUGGCAGAUAUGCACUAUGCGGAUGGCAAGACCACGUCUUGCCUUAAUGUGUUCCCAAAUCAGAUGCCUACUUGCUCUGACCUCAACACCACUGCCUUUGUUGAGCGCAUGAUUCAAGCUGAGAAGCCCGAUUUUAUUGUUUUCACUGGGGAUAACAUUUAUGGCGCUGAUGCCACGGAUGCUGCAAAAUCACUAAGUGCUGCAUUUCAGCCUGCAAUUGCAUCAAACAUCCCGUGGGCUGCUGUUUUGGGGAAUCAUGACCAACAAUCCACUUUGUCAAGGGAAGGGGUUAUGAAACAUAUUGUUGGCCUUAAGAAUACUCUCUCUCAAGUCAAUCCUGCGGAGGUACACAUCAUUGAUGGUUUUGGGAACUAUAACCUGGAGAUUGGCGGGGUUAAAGGUUCACGAUUUGAAAAUAAAUCAGCUCUUAAUCUUUAUUUCCUUGAUAGCGGAGACUACUCCACAGUUCCGGCAAUCCAUGGCUAUGGUUGGAUUAAACCCUCUCAGCAGCUUUGGUUCCAACGCACCUCUGCGAAGCUUCGGAGAGCAUACAUGAGACAGCCAGAGGCUCAGAAAGGACCUGCACCUGGGCUGGUGUACUUUCACAUCCCAUUGCCUGAAUUUGCAAGUUUUGAUUCCUCAAACUUCACAGGAGGGAGACAAGAAGGCAUUAGCUCUGCUUCUGUGAACUCGGGCUUCUUCACAACCAUGGUAGAAGCUGGGGAUGUGAAAGGCGUUUUCACCGGACAUGAUCAUCUCAAUGACUUCUGUGGUGAGCUUACUGGUAUACAACUUUGUUAUGCUGGGGGUUUUGGAUACCAUGCCUAUGGGAAGGCAGGGUGGUCAAGGAGAGCGAGGGUGGUGAUGGCAUCUUUGGAAAAGACAGAAGAAGGUGGUUGGGGAGCUGUCAAGUCUAUCAAAACAUGGAAGCGCCUUGAUGAUGAACACCUUACCACUGUAGAUGGUCAGGUCCUUUGGAGCAAGAGCCAUGCAGCAGUCCGUAGAAAGAAACAGGUUGGCAGCCCCGAGUAACGAGCACAUGAGAUGGCUUAACACCGAGGAAGUAAGAAGCGGAAAUGUUUCACAUAUUUGUAACCUUAUUCAUCGAUUUUGAUAUACGUGUCCUCGAAGUAAAUGUAAACAGUGAAGGUAAUCACAACAGACAAUAAUGGAUAAUCAUGUUCUGGGAA